GUCCCGCGCCCACAGCCAUGAGAACGCAGCAGCUUUCGCGCUCGCACUCGCGCUGGCGGCCUCCGCCACGUGGCGCCACAGGGGCCUUACAAGGAAGGUCGUGGCCGAGGAAGGAGAUCCUCAAAUCAACAAAAGGCUCGUUCAGUCUCUUGGUCCAGUACUAUCAACCUAACUUGUACCUCGAACAGAAGAGCAUCGGCGACCAAUGGAACCCGAGGCCAACCUCGUAUAAGCUACAACGACGUCAAAGUCGUCAAGAGUACAUCACGCAUGUGAGAGGAACACUCUCUCCCUGCCCCGUGGUGAUGAUCUUCUCCAUGCUGCGUGACUACCAAAAUGGAGGAUGCUUGUCGCUCUCUUCGGGACUUGUUCUACUUUGCCAAGGACUUCGAUACCUUCUACCACAGCAGCAAAUUCCUGCUGCCCGCUACAACCUGCCAGCGGCCUGGCUUGGGAUUGCCCGAAGUCGAGUACCUGAACUUCAACAGGCCCGUAAAGCCGGCGGCCCCCCAGCCAGUCGUCCCGCGCCCACAGCCAUGAAGACCGCAGCAGCCUUCCUCGCGCUCCUCGCGCUGGCGGCCUCCGCCCACGUGGCGCCACAGGGGCCUUACAAGAAGGUUGUCGCCGACAAACAAAUCAUCACACAGCAGAAAGGACUCGUCCAACUCUUAGUUCGGGUACAUCAACCUAACAUGUACCUGGAACAGAAGAGCAUCGGCGACCAGUGGAAUCUGGAAGCUCAGCUCGACAGCUACACCGACGUCAAAGUCGUCAAGAAGUACAUCGACAUGUGGAAGAAGAACACUCUUAUGCCGCGAGGGGAGAUCUUCUCCGUGCUGCGCGAGUAUCAGAUGGAAGAGGUCGUCGCUCUCUUCGAUCUCUUCUACUUCGCUAAGGACUUCGACACCUUCUACAAGACGGCUUGCUGGGCGCGCGACCGUACCAACGAGAAUGUCUUCGUCUACGCUUUGCAUAUGGCAGUCUUUCAUCGCGACGACUGCAAACAGAUCGUGCUCCCGCCGAUUUUCGAAAUAAUGCCCCAUUUCUUCAUUGAUGCAAGGACCAUCCAGCAAGCCAUCGAGGCCCGCAUGCAAUACGCCGGAGUGACUACUCAGGAAACUCGCACGGUCAUCAUCCCAAGCAACUACUCACGCACUCCCUACAUGAAGACGGCCAACCCUGAAUACAUGAUGGCCCCUUUUACUGAAGACGUUGGUCUGAAUUCCUACUAUGCCUACUUCCAUCUUUUCUACCCCUUCUGGAUGACGGUUGAGCGCUACGGACACACUGUGGACCGUUACGGCGAACUGUUCUACUACGUGCAGCAGCAAAUCCUCGCCCGCUACAACCUGCAGCGCCUGGCUCUGGGACUGCCCGAAGUCGAGUACCUAAAAUUCGACAAGCCCGUCAAGUAUGGUUACUCCCCCAUGCUCCGCUACCCCAACGGAAUGGAAGUGCCUACUCGUCCCGACUAUUACUAUGUCACUGACAAUUAUAACUUCGACAAGGUCAAUGUCCUAGAUAUUGAGCGACGAAUUAGGGACGCCAUUGAUUUAGGAUACGUUAUCACCAAGGACGGCUCCAAAAUCUCCAUCUACGAACAACAAGGAUUCGAAAUCUUCGGCAAGCUCAUCUCCGGCUCCUACAACUCCGUCAACUACAAGUACUACGGCGCCCUCUACAACAAGCUGCGUAGCCUUCUCGCUACCACUGUCGACCCCGACUACACGCACGGAACCCUGCCUGGUGUCACAGAGUACUUCUUCACCACCCUGCGUGACCCCAUCUACUACCAGGCCUGCGCACGCAUUGACUACUUGUUCCGCCGCUACAAGACGCAACUUGAGCGCUACACUGUCGAAGAGUUGUCUUUCCCUGGCGUUCGUAUUGAGACCGUUGAGACCGACAAGCUCGUCACCUACUUCGAUGACUUCGACGUGGACCUCAUGAACGCUUAUGACGUCAGCUCCGUUGAGGAUGGUCAGCGCCUCAAGAUCGUGGCCCGCAAACAGCGCCUCAACUACAAGCCAUUCACUUACAAGUUCACCAUCAACUCCGACAAGACCGCCAACGUCAUGGUGCGCGUCUUCCUCGGCCCCAAGUACGAUGCUGCCGGCAACGAGAUGAACAUUGACGAGAUGCGCCGCUACAUGGUUGAGUUGGAUCGCUUCCCCUACAAGGUGACCACCGGCCAGACCGUCAUCACCCGCAACUCCUACGACUCCACCUUCACCAUGAAGGACCGCUCCACCACCUGGGACAUGCUGCGCAAGAUGGACAACGCCCUCAACAACCACGAGGACAUGUACAUCGACGAGAUCGCUCAGUACUGCGGCUUCCCCCAGCGCCUGCUGCUGCCCAAGGUGUACAAGACCAGCAUGCCCUUCGUGCUGUUCGUCAUGGUCACGCCCUACGAAGGGCCCAUGGAAGUGCCCCAGACCUUCGCCAGCUGCGGCGCAGGCUUCGACGUCAAGUACCCCGACACCUACCCCAUGGGCUUCCCCUUCGACCGCCCCAUCAAGGAAUGGGACUUCUACACCCCCAACAUGUACUUCAAGGACGUCCUCAUCUUCCACAAGAAGAACGGAGAUCUGAACACUUUGUAAAUAUUUCGUUAUAUUUUUUAUACUAUAAUAAACAUUUGUAAAUCAUGAAGUAAUUUUGUUUUCUUGACAUAAUUUCCCAAAAACUGUUCUAGUAUUAAUCC